UCAAGCCGCGUCUGGCUGCCGUGCGCUGGUGCAGGUGCUCUAUUUCAUCGAGAGAGGAUGCGAAAGGAAAGAAGGGGAGGGAAAGAAUGAAGGGAACCGUCGGAGAAAAGUAUGCAGGGCAGGAAUAAAAGGGUAUCAGCAGCUGACAGUGUGUCUAACGUCCAGGGGCUCGGCUAAGAAUGAUUUAUUGAAAGGGGCACUUUGAGAUAUGAUGAGGUUUCUCUCUGGUUGGCAAUAGUACUAUGAUUUGGUAUGUGGCCACUUUGAUAGCAAGUGUAUUCAGCACCAGAGGAACAGCUGCUCAAGGUGCCCACGGAGUCAGAGAAGAGCCCCAGUUUGUGACGGCCCGCGCAGGGGAGACCGUGAUUCUGGGAUGUGACGUGGCCCACCCACUCAACGGCCAGCCCUACGUGGUGGAGUGGUUUAAGUUUGGAGUGCCCAUCCCCUUCUUCAUCAACUUCCGCUUCUACCCUCCUCAUGUGGACCCCGAAUACGCCGGCCGAGCCAGCCUGCAUGGCAAGUCAUCUCUACGCAUUGAGAGGGUUCCGGAAGACCAGGGCUGGUAUGAGUGCAAGGUCCUGAUGCUGGAACAACAGUACCACACCUUUCACAACGGCAGCUGGGUGCACCUCACAGUCAACGCUCCCCCAACUUUCACGGACACACCACCCCAGUAUGUGGAGGCCAAAGAGGGUGGCAGCAUCACUCUGAGCUGCACGGCCUUCGGGAAUCCCAAACCUUCAGUCAGCUGGCUCAGGGAGGGAGAUCCUGUACAGGACAGCAGCAAGUAUAAGGUGAGUGAUGGCAGCCUGACGAUCGUUUCCAUCAGCCGCGAGGACAGGGGAGCGUACACAUGCCGAGCGUACAGCGAGCAGGGAGAGGCCGUCCAUACCACACGCCUACUCGUCCAAGGACCCCCAUUUAUUGUCUCACCGCCAGAGAACAUAACCGUAAACAUAUCCCAGGAUGCAUUCUUCACUUGUCAGGCUGAGGCGUAUCCUGGCAACCUAACGUACACCUGGUUCUGGGAGGAAGAUAACGUCUUCUUCAAGAAUGAUCUGAAGCGCAGAGUGAGUAUUCUGAUCGACGGUUCACUCAUCAUCUCCCAGGUGAAACCUGAGGAUGCUGGGAAAUACACCUGCAGCCCGAGUAACAGCCUUGGGCGCCCACCUUCUGCAUCAGCGUACCUGACCGUGCAUUACCCUGCCCGUGUGGUAAACAUGCCGCCCGUUAUUUACGUGGCCAUUGGACUGCCGGGGUACAUCCGCUGCCCGGUGGAUGCCAACCCGCCUGUCACUUCAGUGAAGUGGAAAAAAGACGGCCUGCCUCUGCGGAUAGAGAAGUACCCUGGCUGGAGCCAAAUGGAAGAUGGGAGCAUUCGAGUGUCUGAGGUGACAGAGGACUCUCUCGGCACCUACACCUGCGUGCCUUACAAUAGCCUCGGUACAAUGGGACAGUCCCCUCCCGCCCCUCUGGUGCUAAAGGACCCACCCAAAUUUCUGGUGGUUCCUGGAGGGGAGUACAGGCAGGAGGCUGGUCGAGAGCUGGUCAUCCCCUGUGAGGCAGAAGGAGACCCAUUCCCCAACAUUACAUGGAGAAAGGUAGGGAAGCCCAGCAGAAGCAAGCACAACGUCCUACCGAGAGGCAGCUUACAGUUCAAAUCUCUCAGCAAGGAGGACCAUGGGGAGUGGGAGUGUGUCGCCUCCAAUGUCGCCACGAGCAUCACUGCCAGCACGCACCUCCUAGUAAUCGGCACAAGCCCACACGCCCCCGCCAAAGUCCACGUUUCGGUCUCGACGACCUCGGCCAACGUCUCGUGGGAACCCGGUUACGACGGCGGCUUUGAGCAGACAUUCUCAGUCUGGUACGGCCAUGUGGUGAAGAGGGAGCAGUUAGGACCGCAUGACUGGCUGUCCAUGCCUGUGCCCAGCGGGCAGCACUGGCUCCUGGUGCAAGGCCUGGAGCCCGAGACGGCCUACCAAUUCAGCGUCCUGGCCCAGAACAAGCUGGGGACGGGCCCGUUCAGCGAGGUCGUCACUGUGAACACACUAGUAUUUCCUAUAAGUACCCCAGAACCACUGGUGCUGCUUACCCCACCACGGUGCCUCACAGCCAACCGGACACAGCAGGGAGUCCUACUCACAUGGAUCCCUCCAGCCAAUCACACGUCGCCAAUUGAUCACUACAUCAUGGAGUUCCGCCUCGGGGAGAGGUGGGAUGUUCUUGAUGAUGCAAUCCCUGCUGGAGAGACAGAGCUAUUGGCUAGAGACCUGGUUCAGGAGGCCUGGUAUGAGUUCAGAGUGAUGGCAGUUAUGGAGGACCUUGUCAGUGAGCCCAGUAAUGUAGUGGGAGUCUCUAGCACAGACUACUUCCCGCCGCCUGAGGUGCCAGACGAGGGGCUGGCGCGGCCGGUGGUGGCAGGCAUUGUGGCCACCAUCUGUUUCCUGGCAGCAGCCAUCCUCUUCAGCACGCUAGCGGCCUGCUUCGUCAACAAACAGAGACGGCGUAAGCUCAAGCGGAGACGAGAUCCCCCUCUGUCUAUAACACACUGCAGAAAGAGCGUGGAGACUCCGAGUCCUCUUACCCCUCUACCUGGCAUAGAACCCUACUGGGAAGGCCAGGAAAGGAGCAGCUACAGGCCUCCGCCCUCCAGUCCUCUAUCAUCUUCUGGAAAGGUUAGUCCAGAAAGUGUCCGCUCCAUAGGACCUCCUUCAGAAUCCUCAGAGGAUGGUUUGCGAGCCAAGAAGUUUCCUCAAAGUCCUGCCAAGGAGAAGGAGCUGUCUUUAUACAAGAAGACCAAGAGAGCAAUAAUUAGCAAGAAAUACAGCGUCUCUAAGCACGAGGCGGAGGCUACCACGCCAAUCGAAUUGAUUAGUCGUGGCCCAGAUGGGCGCUUUGUCAUGGAACCUACAGAUGCGGAAACUCCAGUUAAGGCAAGGCGCAUCGAGGGCUUCCCCUUCGUGGAGGAGUCUGACCUCUAUCCUGAAUUUCGACAGUCAGAUGAGGAGAAUGAUGAUCCGGGGCCCAUGCCGCCUAUGAUGGCUACCCUCAGACCCCAUCAGAUCUCGCCCAUUUCUUCUAGCCAGGAGUCUUACUUGCAGCCCCCAGCCUACAGUCCCCGCUUCCAGAGGCCCAUGGAAGGCAUGACUAUCAUGGAAACUAGUCGACUCCAGGCUACAGGACAGAUUCGUGGUGCUCCUCACUUCCGAGCCUUUUCCCAUGGCCAGUUCUACAGCUACUUGGGAAGUCCAGGGGAACCUGAGCCUCCGCCUCCCUUCUACAUGCCAGACACCAGCCCUCUCAGCUCAGUAAUGUCUUCUCCUCCUUACCACCUGGAGGACCUUUUCGGUCAUCCCACCAUCCCGGAGGAAAUCGGUGAGGGAGAGAUUCAGCAUUAUGCAGUCUCUGGCUACACCCUUCCCUUGGCUCACCCCUCCACCUCACGCUCUCCAGACAUCUGGCAGCGACCCGAUUUUACCUUUGCCACAAUCGAGGGUCCUCACUUUAUUUUUCCACCCCCCCACCCUUUGCAUCUUCAUCCGGAACCUCCCCUUCCUCCCCCUCUUGUUCUUCCUCCUAGUGCACUCCAGCCCUCUGCCCUUCAAGUAUCUCCGUACCCUGGUAUCCUGCAGCUGGAGGCCCCAAAGAGCCGCCCAGGCAAGUCUCCCAGCAAGGUCAAGCCUCAGGGCCUUCCAGCCAAGCGUUUACCUAUGCAAGAGGCACAGAGUCUAGGGCAGCUAAGACACACAAGCCACGGUAUGGGUGUACCGGUAUUGCCUUACCCUGACCCGGUGUCUCACAUGGUUGGCCCAAGCUCGUUUGGAAGCCUGGAUACGCGAUGGUACGAGCUUACACCCAGGCUUAGCCCAAGGCAGCCCCGCAGGAUGGAGCCCGGCAUGGUAGUUCUACAGCCUUCCCGCCUCUCUCCUCUAACUCAAAGCCCGAUUAGCUCUCACGAAGGCUCACCGGAGAUUGUAGUGCGCCCCAGGCCCCGUCCCAGUGUCAUCCAACCCCCGAUCCCUCCUGAGAUGUCUGAGAUCACUCUUCAACCUCCUUCUUCAGCUAGUUUCUCUAGAAGGUCCUCCCCCUCCUCCUCUCCUGCUCAAGGCCAAGGCAGCCGAAGGGCAAGUCCCAGCUACCGAUCCCACAUGGCAUUUGCCACCUCAGCAGCAAGCUAUCCGUCACAGUCCCCUUCACCUCCUGUAGAAAGCAGCAACAUUUUCGGGCAGAUGCCAACUCAGAGGAGGACUGAGGAGGAGAUCCUUCCGUCAGAACCCUCUCCACCCCAGUUAUCAGCUUCAGGCUAUCUGGGCAGCGUUGUUGUGACCAGGUCCUCUACACCGCAAUAGAAAACGUCGAGGUGCACCAAGUGGCUCUGCAGGGUCUGAGAGGAUAGAAGCACUGAGAUAUCAACGAGUGAAAAA